GACUCACCUACAUUCUCUUCCUCUUCCCUCUCCAGGUCCUGCCACCUACACCUUGCCCAGGAUUCUGGGACCCAACACAGCCUAUACCCAUGCCAACCCGUGCUACUCCAUGAAAUGGAAGAGUCAAUAUGGAAGCUGCUUCCGAGACCUGGCAAAGACGCCAGGUCCUGCGGCAUUUGACAGGGUGGAAAUGGACGUCUACAAAACCAGGGCUCCCAAGUUCACCAUGGGACUGAGAACCAAACUUGCUGGCCCGGGAGCAUCUCCAGGUCCAGCAGAGUACGUCCCAGGAAAGUUGUCGGUGACCAAGACUCGGGACCCUGCUUUCACUUUUGGAAUCCGACAUUCUCUCUACAAAGCUGCUUUAAUACCUGAAACACAACUCGAAUAA